UGAGUGAAUAAAUUUGAUCUGCCGCUGUCCCAGCCACAACGUAGACAACGCUUGAGCUCCUGAACACUUAUACACAGGAAACGCAAACGGUUCAUGGUGGUCUGUCCCGUCCGCUUCACGCUGUUGUAACCUUCCGCAAUGUCGCCUGAAGACGACAAAGAAUCCCCUGAGAAGGAGUUCGCCAGUAACACCAGCCUUCAUGGAUUCAACAGGUUAGUCAUCUCACCGGCCGGCGCCCUCCGAGCCCUGUGGGUGUUCGCCAUCCUGGGCUCUUACAGCGGCUUCGGAUACAUGUUUGGCUCCAUGAUGCACUCGUACUUCAGCUACGACACCAUCACCGAUACGAAGUUGGAAUUUGCCGAUGAGUUGACAUUUCCGGCAGUCACAUUCUGCAACAUGAACAAGUUUGAUGCCAACAAACUGAAGGCGGUGGAUUGGUCGUACCUGUCCACGUUCCUGUACGGUAUUCAAGCGAACAUCUCCACGAUACUGACGUUAGGCGUGCCCCCUGAUGAAACGGUCAACUCCACUCUUGAGGGAACGAAAUUGGAGGAUCUCGUCUUGCAGAAAGGUUUCAACGUUUCGUGGACUCGCAUGCCUCUUUGCACGUGGAGAGGUACCCGAUGCACUGAGCAGAACUUCACCCAUUCCUUCGGUCACUACGGAAACUGCUUCACUUUUAACGCUGAAGCCAACAACCCACUGAAACAGACCAUGCAAGGAACUGGAAAUGGACUUAUGAUCAUUGUCGACAUUGAAGAAGACGAGUACACAGAAAGUUUUACCGUUGGUGGGAAUGCUGAAGUUGGGCUGAAAGUCCUGGUACACGAUCCGAGGGAGCCUCCCAUGAUGGACACCCAGGGCAUCGCCCUCGCGCCGGGCAACCACGCUUUCAUUGCCGUCAAGCAGACGCUGUACGAGAACCACGUGCCUCCGUGGGGGGUCUGUCAGGACCGACAGCUGGAGUAUUACGACACCUACACGUUGAACGGCUGCUAUCUGGAGUGCAGAAGUAAACACGUGGUCCGGAACUGCAGCUGUCGAGCUUACGACUUACCAGGAACGGAAGAAUCUUGUGAUCCAACCACAAUGUUCACCUGUGUCAGAGCAGUGCUUGUUCAGGUGACCAGAGGAGAUCUGACGUGUGACUGUCCUGUGCCCUGCAGUAUGACGUCAUAUACCACGUCUGUGUCCUUCGCAGGGUUUCCAAACAAACACACUCGGGAGUAUGUUGGCCCGUUGUUAGGCAUGGAACCAACCUACUUGGAGUUUGAUGCCAACAAACUGAAGGCGGUGGAUUGGUCGUACCUGUCCACGUUCCUGUACGGUGUUCAGAUGGACAUACCAACGUUACUGUCGUUGGGCGUGGCGCCCGAUGAAACGGUCAACUCCACUCUUGAGGGCACGAAAGUGGAGGACCUCGUCUUGCAGAAAGGUUUCAACGUUACGUGGACUCGCAUGCCAUUUUGCGAAUGGAGAGGCACUACAUGUUCUCAGCUGAACUUCACCCAUUCCUUCGGCCACUACGGGAACUGCUUCACUUUUAACGCCGACUCCGACAGCCCACUUAAACAGACCAUGCAGGGGAGUGGAAAUGGACUGAAAGUCAUCGUUGACAUUGAAGAAGACCAAUACACCGAAAGUUUUUCCGUUGGUGGGAAUUCUGAAGUCGGACUGAAACUCCUGGUUCACGAUCCGAGGGAACCUCCCAUGAUGGACACCCAGGGCAUCGCCCUCGCGCCGGGCAACAGCGCUUUCAUUGCCGUCAAGCAGACAUUGUACGAGAACCACGUGCCUCCGUGGGGGGUCUGCCAGGACCUACAGCUGGAGUAUUACGACACCUACACGCUGAACGGCUGCUAUCUGGAGUGCAGAAGCAAACACGUGGUCAGCAACUGCAGCUGUCGAGCUUACGACUUACCAGGAACGGAGGAAUCUUGUGAUCCAACCACGAUGUUCACCUGUGUCAGAGACGUACUUGGUCAGGUGACUAGAGGAGAGGUGAAGUGUGACUGUCCCGUACCCUGCAGUAUGACGUCAUACAGCACGUCGGUGUCCUUCUCAGGGUGGCCAAACAAACACACCCGGGAGUACAUUUCCCCGAUGUUAGGGAUGGAAACAAGCUACAUGGAGAAAAACGCCGUAGUCUUCAGCGUGUACUACGAGAAGCUGAACUACCAGAAAAUCAGGCAGCUAAAAGCCAUGGACGAAGGACAGCUGUCAAGUAACAUAGGAGGAAUGAUGGGGCUGUUUAUAGGGGCUAGCGUGCUGUCACUCCUGGAGGUGUGCGAGUUCCUGCUGAAGAGGCUGCUGGGGUUCAUGGGGAAACAUCGGCGUCCCAAGGUGGUUAAUGUGAAACCCAAAGACCCUCACACAGCCUCUCACAAGUGAAAAUUGACUUCUUCAAUCCCUAUGUAAUUUUCAGUUUGUAUGCCACUGUACAUAUGUUACUUUUUAUUUUAUUUGUGUCAUGCAGGGCCCCACUGCAAAGCAGUGUCAAUCACUAAUAAUGACAAAAAUAAGUAGAACUAGAGUUCUACGACCCCAUACCUUCGCAAAAUAAUUCUACCCUUUACAACUGCUGAAUUAAUUGUUUUUGUCAUUAAUUAUGCAAAUAAGGUUUUUGUUUGCAUAAAUUCUAUUACUUGAUCAUUUCCUCCACCAAAUAACAGACGUAAGCAAUCUAUAUUAAAAGAUUAACAUCCCAUUUUCAAAUAACUUAUGUAAAUAAGGACCUCAUUUGCAUAAUUAAUGGUCAACUAUGUUCACCUGUACAUAACUUCCAAAUGCUACCACUAAGAAG